AUGGUGGCUGGAUAUGGCCUUGCUAUACAGUCAUCUGUCUCUCCACUAUCCGAUGGUCUCAGGCCUGCCCAGUACCCCCAGAAGGCGGUCAUGCUAUCAGCCGCAAAUGAAAUUGCAGACAUACUAGGAGAGGACUCAGUGAGCUAUGAUAAUGAGGACAUCGAGAUACACGGCUUUUCAGACUGGGCUUGCACAAACUCAGCGGGACGAGCGGUGGCCAUUGUCUAUCCUAGGUCUACCGAAGACGUGUCCAAAAUUGCGACUAUCUGCAACAAGCACAGUGUUCCAGUGGUGGCUUUCGGUGCUGGGUCAUCUAUCGAAGGCAGCUUCUCAUCACCACACAGUGGAAUUGUGGUAGACUUCACACACAUGAACAAUAUCAUUGCGACUCAUCCAGAUGACAUGGAUGUAGUCGUGCAGCCUGGAGUCAAUUGGGUUGACUUGAAUCAAAGCCUACAAGCUGAGGGCCUUUUUCUCCCACUGGAUCCCUCCCCGACCGCCACAAUCGGCGGAAUGGUUUCCACCAACUGCAGUGGCACCAAUGCGUUCCGCUAUGGUACCAUGAAGGACUGGGUUCUUAACGUGACCGUCGUACUUGCUGACGGCAAAAUCAUUAAAACGAGGAGAAGGCCCCGGAAGACGUCCGCUGGGUAUAAUUUAACCUCACUCUUUGUUGGCGCCGAGGGAACGCUUGGAAUUAUCACCGAGAUUACCUUGAAGCUGGCCGUGGUACCCAAAGAGACUGGUGUUGCUGUCGUAUCAUUUCCCACCAUCAAGGACGCAGCAUCUGCAGCGACCAAGGUGAUCCGCUCUGGUCUGCAGCUGGCCGCGCUGGAGCUGAUGGAUGAUGUUCAGAUGCAAGUCGUCAACCGACAUGGGAGCGAGUCGGUGCGAAUGAAGAACUUGGACGAGCUGCCCACACUCUUCCUAAAGUUCUCAGGCCCUACGCAGCAGGGUGUUCAGGCGGAUAUCUCUCAGCUUGAGAGCUUGAUCAAGACUUGCAACCCGGGGAAAUCCUAUUUCGCGAGAAGCAAGCGGGAGGAGACAGACCUAUGGGCAGCAAGAAAGGAAGCACUUUGGACAAUGACGUCUAUCAAGCCGGAAGGUCAUGGACUUUGGUCCACUGAUGUGGCUGUUCCCAUUUCUCGCCUGGCAGAAAUUAUCGAGCUCUCCAAAAAGGAUGCAGAGAGCCUUGGGGUCUUUGCCAGUAUUGUCGGGCAUGUUGGCGACGGUAAUUUCCACGAGGCGAUGAUGUAUGAUCCUCAGAAUGUGGCACAGAAGGCUGCAGUGAAAGAUGCGGCGUACAAAAUGGUGCGCCGAGCUUUAGAGAUGGAUGGCACGGUCUCUGGAGAGCAUGCUAUUGGGAUGGGGAAGAUGGCUUACUUGGUUGAAGAGUUGGGGGGCGACACGAUCGAGGUAAUGAAGCAGCUGAAACAAGCACUGGAUCCAAAAUGGAUCUUGAAUCCAGGCAAAGUAUUUGCUCUUCCAGACGGCUCUAAAGCUAUUCCGGCCAAUCAAUUGGAAUAG